GCUGUUCUCCAUCAACACAACCGCGAGAACACUUUAAUAAGUGCGAAAAAAAGACACUAGACUGCACGGUGCUAAAAGAGUGGACUCCUUUUUUAGUAUAGGACUUCAUCAUGUCAACGCCAGACAAACAUGCGUAUGCCGCAGCGGCAACAACCAAAUACCCUAAUUAUGUCAAUGACAGAGAUAUCUGCCGACAUUUUAUUGAAGAAUUUAGGGACUCUACUGGGCAGAUCAAGUAUAUGCUGAAGGCCAACGAAGUAGCGCAGCGGCAGUCCAAAGUUUUCUCAGUUUUUCUCGAUGACGUGGCUAGCUUUGGCCAGCUCCACUUAGCACAAAGGAUUCAAAUGAACGUUGUCGGAUAUAUGGAUGAAUUGUACAAAGUCGUUGAUUCUCUUAUUCCUCCGACAAGUUUCGUUGUGGACAUGGUCGAUCAACUGGUGAUGGAAGCGCGCGUCUCCGGGCAGGAACUUCCUGCACUGCUGACCCGACGGUACGAGUUGAGAAUCGUUCCAUUAAGCGCAAACUCGACUCCAAUCUCUCUACGCGAUCUGAAAGGUGGAACUAUCGGCACUCUCAGUGUCCUGCGAGGAAUUUGCAUUGCGGCAACCGCCGUGCGGCCUAAGCUUUCUAUGCUUGUCUCGGUCUGUGAAGUGUGUGCGGAAACAACUUUUCAGCAAGUCAUUGGUGAUAGGCUGACUCCGCUACAAGUUUGUCAAUCGCAGCGUUGCAAAUUCAACAACGCUGUGGGGCGUCUUCUACCGCAAUACAAGGCAAGUAAAUUUGUCAAAUUUCAGGAAUUGCGCGUGCAAGAACUUCCAGAGGAUGUCCCACGUGGUGCAAUUCCUCGCACUAUUCGCGUUGUGUGUGAAGGAGAGCAAACGCGAGUUGCGGCCCCUGGCCAAGUUGUUCGAAUCACUGGGACGUACUGCCCUGACCCCUCCACCGGGCAAGGCCAUGAGGCGUUUCGAGCGUCGACAAUGGUGAAGACGCUUUACAAGGCAAUUAAUGUGGAGCUAGAGAAGCGCAGCUACCAAGAAGCGGCAGAGGAUAUGCGUGCGCAAGUGGAGGACAUUCGUGACUAUCCGGACCGAGAUGCUGUGAUUGAAAAGCUGACUCGAAGCAUCGCACCAGAGAUUUGGGGCAUGGAGGACGUUAAGAAAGCGUUGUUGUGCCAGCUUGUGGGCGGAAGCUCGAUAACGAACGGCAUUCGGAUUCGCAGCGACAUAAACAUUCUCUUCAUGGGCGACCCCGGAGUGGCAAAAAGUCAGCUUCUGAAGUGGAUUGCCUCUGUGGCGCCGCGCUCUGUGUUUACAACAGGGAAAGGUAGUUCUGGGGUUGGCCUCACUGCCGCCGUCACGCGGGACACCCACACUGGCGAAGUGAUGCUGGAAGGCGGCGCGCUGGUUUUGUCAGACAAAGGUGUUUGCUGCAUCGACGAGUUUGACAAGAUGGACGACUCUGAUCGAACGGCGCUACAUGAGGUGAUGGAGCAGCAGAUGGUCUCGAUUGCCAAAGCUGGCAUCAUUACUUCCUUGAAUGCGCGAACUUCCAUCCUCGCUGCCUCCAAUCCAAAAUUCGGCCGUUGGAGGCGCAACGCGACGCCAACGGAAAACGUGAAUCUUCCUCCCGCCCUCUUGUCACGUUUUGACCUCCUUUGGCUAUUGCUCGACGAGUCCAGCCGCGAGCGCGACGCUGAGCUUUCCAUGCAUGUUACCCACGUCCACCUUCACGGUGUCGCACCUGGCACGGUGACCGACGAUACUGUUCGCGGAUCAUCCACCGAGUACUUCGGGAGGGAGUUUCUGCGCGCCUACGUCGGUGAGGUGAAACGAAUUCAUCCCUUCGUCGACCCAGGCGCUGCGAAAGCCAUCAGCGACAUUUAUUGCGAGAUGCGCGCGCAGAGCGUGCGGCACAGCAACGUUGUCACUGCUCGUACACUCCUAAGCUUGAUCCGCCUGUCCCAAGCAUGCGCGAGGCUGCGCUUUUCCGAACGCGUCCUGGAGGAGGAUGUACGGGAGGCUGGCCGGCUGCUGGAUUGCAGCAAGGCUUCCCUGCAAGACCGUCCAGCCACAGAUGCACAGCGCGUGGUCACAACAUCCGAUGCAUCCAUCUUCUCGGCCAUCAGGGAUCUUGCGCGAGGACGGCCGGCUAUCGACUUGUCGGAAGUUCGCCCCGCGCUGAUGAUGAAGGGAAUCGGAGAAGCACAUUUGCAGCGAUGCCUUCAGACGUAUUCCGAGGUCGGGGUGUGGUCCGUCUCUGGUUCGAUGGUAGAGUUUGCUGACGACUGA